AUGACGAAAACCACAGCCCAACAAGCCACCUCUGAACAAACCAAGCAAACCACGCUCGAUAAAGAUCAGAUGGUGGAAGCCAUAAGAAAAGAGCUGGAUGAGGUAAGGAGUGCUAUGAAAACUGCAAUAAACCCUGGUGGCAUGCUUAAGAAGACAAGCUCACCUUUCAUUGCCAAGGUACUCGAGUGCGCUCUUCCCCUCAAGUUCAAACUUCCACAAUUGGAGAUCUACGACGGCAUGAAAGAUCCUCUUGAUCACAUUGGCGCAUUCAAAACAAUCCUAGACCUUCAACAAAUACCAGAUGAGUUAAGCGACUCUUUUGUUCAUCACUUCAUUAGUGGCGAGUGGCACAAAAGGCUCACUUCAUACUUGCUGACCGUAAAGCAACAAGAAGGAGAAACCCUAAGGGAAUAUGUAAGGCGCUUCAACGAGGCAGUGCUAGAGAUUGACAAAGGCGAUGACCAGGUUAUAAUGAUGACCUUCCAAGCAGGGCUGGUCGAUCCAGAUCUCACUUCCUCUCUAGGAAAAACCACACCAACGUCAAUGGCAGACCUGUUGUUCAAAAUCCAGAAGUGUGUGAAUGAGGAAGAUGUCUUGGCCAUCAAGAGCCUAACAGGUAAGCAAAAGAAGGAUGAGGAGAUUGAUUUGCAGAAUGGAAAGAAGGACUGUAAACUCAAUCUAUCAGACAACCGAACUAGAAAGACUAGCCUAGAGACGAUAAAGAAGAGAUUGAACUUUAUACCUCUAUUGAUGCUUGUUGAUAAGAUUCUCAUACAAAUUAAGGACGACCUAAUCCUAAAGUGGCCAAACCCCUUAAGCUCGAGGCCAAAAGGCAGAAAUUUUUGGAAGUACUGCCGAUUCCAUGAAGGUUAUGGUCAUUCCAUUGAUGAAUGUCGUGAAUUGAAUGGGCAAAUUAGGGAACUCAUUCAGAGAGGCAAACUCCAAGAGUUCAUCAAAAAGGAUUAUUAG